AUGUGGGCACCAGUUGACCACAAGGGUCAAAAAUUUGAUUUUGAGAAUCUCCUUCAAUCAGGCGCCCAUUUUCAAACUGCAAAAUAUCUGCAGCACCUGUGGGAGACAAGUGUUAAGAUAUUGGACAAUAUUGGGAAAAUGGGCGUUCUUGUGAGGUUCCAGCCAACUUCUGCUAAAAGUGGAGCAAGUUUAAUUUUGUGUUUAUGCUGGUGUUUGAUGCUUAUAGGUGCAGAUAGCCAACAAACGCAUCGCGAGGAAGUGAAUGCAUUGCGAAUCAUCAAGAGAAGUUUGACAGACCCAUAUCGGAAUCUUCGCAACUGGAACAAGGGGGAUCCAUGUACUUCAAACUGGACAGGGGUUUUAUGCUAUAACACAACAAAGAAUGAUAAUUAUCUUCAUGUCAGAGAAUUGUUACUACUAAAUAUGAAUAUAUCAGGAAGUUUAUCUCCACAACUUGGUCAGUUAUCGUAUUUGAAGAUACUGGACUUUAUGUGGAACAACAUUACUGGGAGUAUACCCAAGGAGAUAGGAAGCAUUAAAACAUUAGAAUUGUUGCUUCUUAGUGGAAAUCAACUGACAGGUUCCUUGCCCGAUGAGAUUGGUUUUCUUCCUAACUUGAACAGGAUACAAAUUGACGAGAACCAAAUAUCUGGAUCUAUACCCACAUCAUUUGCUGACUUGACCAAUGCAAGACACUUCCACAUGAAUAAUAAUUCACUUAGUGGGCAAAUACCACCAGAGUUGGCCAGACUUCCAAAUCUUGUUCACCUGUUACUUGACAAUAACAACUUAUCGGGAUAUCUUCCACCAGAACUUUCUGAAAUGCCGAAUUUACUAAUACUUCAACUAGAUAAUAACAAAUUCGGCGGGAGUGAAAUACCUUUUUCGUAUAGCAACAUGUCUCGUCUGUUGAAAAUGAGUCUAAGAAACUGCAGUUUACAAGGACCAAUUCCUAACUGGAGCAAUAUGACUUCUAUUGCAUAUAUAGAUUUGAGCCUAAACCAGCUUAAUGGAUCAAUACCAGCAGGCGAACUUUCUGAGAAUACCACUACUAUUGAUCUGUCCUCCAACAAUCUAAAUGGGACUAUCCCUGACAGCUUUUCUAGGCUUCCCUAUCUGCAGAAAUUGUCAUUGGCAAACAAUUCACUGAGUGGUUCUGUCCCAUCCACCAUUUGGCAAAAUAGGCCACUUAAUGAAUCCAAGAGACUGUUGUUGGAUUUUCAGAACAAUAACUUUUCAAAUAUAGAUGGCAGUCUUCCCCUCCCUCCGAAUGUCACCGUUAGCCUCCGAGGAAAUCCAAUAUGCUUAAGAGGAAACCUUGGUCAGUUCUGUGGAUCCCAAGAUGAAGGUUUCGGCAAUAUCUUGAAUAAAACAGAUGUCAGUGCGUGUUUACUGUCAUGCCCACCUCCUUAUGAGUUAGCCCCACCAUCUCCCAAUUCACCUUGCUUUUGUGCUGCACCUCUGCUGGUAGGAUAUCGCUUGAAGAGUCCCGGGUUUUCAGAUUUUCGCCCAUAUAUUGAUAGAUUUGAGGAGUACUUGAGUACUGGUAUGGAAUUGAAUAUUUAUCAGCUCUACAUUGAUUCAGCUGAAUGGCAAAAGGGACCUCGACUGAGAAUGUACCUGAAGAUUUUUCCAGCGUAUGUUAACAACAGCACUUUUUUAUUUAAUGAAAGCGAGGUCAGACGAAUUCGUAGGUUGUUUAGUGGAUGGAAUAUUCGUGAGAGCCAAGUGUUCGGACCUUUUGAGCUUCUCAACUUCACACUUCUGGAUCCUUACAGAGAUGAAUCAUCCUCAUCUUCAUCUGGUAUAAGCAAGGGAGCACUAGCUGGGAUCAUACUAGGGACAAUAGCUGGAUCAGUUACCCUAUCUGCCUUUGUGGCACUUCUCAUCUUGAAAAUGCACUUGAAGAAACAUCAUAGAACUUCAAGAAGACGUCCAUCAUCAAAGAUUUCCAUAAGAAUCGAUGGUGUGAAAGAUUUCACUUAUGGUGAAAUGGCACAAGCAACAAAUAAUUUUGCAAACUCAAGUGUUGUCGGGCAAGGAGGUUAUGGAAAAGUUUACAAAGGUAUUCUUGCUGAUGGAAAAGUUGUGGCCAUAAAGCGGGCUGAGGAGGGAUCAUUACAGGGUGAAAAGGAGUUUCUCACAGAAUUAGAACUAUUGUCGAGGUUACAUCAUAGAAACCUCGUGCAAUUGAUGGGAUAUUGUGAUGAAGAAGGUGAACAGAUGUUGAUCUAUGAGUUCAUGUCUAAUGGUACCUUGAGAGAUCACCUAUCUGGGAAGUCCAAAUUGCCUUUGAGUUUUGCUAUGAGAGUUGCUGAUUUCGGACUAUCACGGUUAGCUCCAAUUCCUGAGAUUGAAGGAGGUGUGCCUUCUCGUGUAUCAACAGUUGUAAAGGGGACUCCGGGAUAUCUGGAUCCUGAGUACUUUUUAACGCACAAGUUGACGGACAAAAGUGAUGUUUACAGCCUUGGUGUUGUUUUUCUCGAACUGUUGACAGGAAUGCACCCUAUUUCACAUGGGAAAAACAUUGUUCGGGAGGUCAACAUUGCAUAUCAUUCGGGUAUGAUAUUUUCUCUUAUCGAUGAAGGGAUGGGAUCUUAUCCCUCUGAAUGUGUGGAGAAGUUCAUAAAUCUGGCUCUUAAGUGCUGCCAAGAUGAGACAGAUUCCCGGCCUUCAAUGGCAGAAGUGGUUAGAGAACUUGAAAACAUAUGGCUUAUGAUGCCCAAUUCGGACACUAAACUAUCUGAAUCGAUAGUCACUGAUCCCGAAAAGAAUAUCACUCCGCCAUCUUCAUCUUCUGCACUAAAACAUCCAUACGUUUCGCAAGAUAUCUCAGGCAGUGAUCUUGUGAGUGGAGUUAUGCCAACUGUUACACCAAGGUGA